AUGGCAUCGGAACCCACCCAAGGUCUUCAAGCUGGCGCCCAACCUCUAGAAGCAAUGGAAGCUCCCGCCGCAGCGAUAGCAGGUAUCAGCGCCGAUGAGAUCGCCCUCUACGAUCGACAGAUCCGCCUCUGGGGCGUACAAGCGCAAGAGAAAAUCCGCAACGCAAACAUCCUACUCAUAACCCUGCGCUCUCUGGGCAACGAAAUAGCCAAAAACCUUGUCUUAGCUGGCAUCCACAGCCUCACCAUCGUGGACCACGAAGCUGUGACUGAGAAAGAUCUUGGUGCCCAAUUCUUCAUUUCCGAAGCAGAUGUUGGUACGAAUCGAGCCGAGGCCGCGGCACCGAAUAUUAGGAAGUUGAAUCCGAGGGUGAAUGUCGUGGUUGACCCGAGCGAUAUUAGGGGCAAGGGCCCAGAUUACUUUGGCGCGUUCGAUGUGGUCAUCGCGACGGAUUUGCAUCCUGAUAGUUUGGUUCUCAUUAAUACGGCGACACGAGUGGGUCAUAAGCCGUUCUACGCUGCGGGCGUGCAUGGGUUCUACGGAUUCAUAUUCUCGGAUUUGAUUGAGCACGACUACUUGGUUGAGAGGGAGAAGAGCAAUCGUACGACGGAGCUGAAGGCUGAGACGCGGACGAGGACUGUGGUGGAUGUCAAGGAGAAGAAGGAGAAUGGGAAGCAUAUUGAACUGGUCACGAAGAGGGAGCUCUAUUCUACGUGGUUCCUGGCUAGUGAUGCGGCGACUCUGCCGGCCGAGUACUUGAGGAGCAAUCGUAGGUUGAAGGCUGUUACGCCUAUUCUGUCGUGCUUUCGUGCGCUCUGGGAAUAUGUUCAGCUGAAGGAUGGGAAGUUUCCGGCUACCUCGGAAGAUUUGAGGCUGUUCACGACACUUGCGACUUCAAAGCACAAGGCUCUUGGUCUUCCGGAUGUUACGAUGAAGGCUGAGGUGUUGCGGAAGUUCAUUCAGAAUCUGGGCGCUGAGAUCGCGCCUGUCACUGCGGUUCUCGGUGGCCAACUUGCACAAGAUGUUAUCAACGUCCUUGGUGCUCGCCAACAACCAAUUCAGAAUAUGGUGAUAUUUGAUGGAGACACGAUGGAGGCACCCCAGUUUGCACUUCAUCCUGAAGGUGCGUUAGGUGAGGGCCUGCUCCCUAUUUCUGUUGGAGCUGAGAAUGGUGCGGUGAUGAAUGGCGAUAUUUCGAUGAAUGGUGGUAGUGGUAUGGAGUUUCAGCCUGAUGUUAUUCAGGUAUAG